GCGUGUUGCGUCAUCUCGGCGCACCGGAAGUGACUACCGCUUUCGCCAGCGACUCCGGAAGUAGCUGCUUCAGGGCUGACUUAGCUGCUGGCUCUGACUCCUGGCUUGCCAUGGGUUGCGACGGAGGAACAAUCCCCAAGAGGCAUGAACUGGUUAAGGGGCCGAAGAAGGUUGAGAAGGUUGACAAAGAUGCUGAAUUAGUGGCCCAAUGGAACUAUUGUACGCUGAGUCAAGAAAUAUUAAGACGACCAAUAGUUGCCUGUGAACUUGGCAGACUUUAUAAUAAAGAUGCUGUCAUUGAGUUUCUGUUGGACAAAUCUGCUGAAAAGGCUCUUGGGAAGGCAGCAUCUCACAUUAAAAGCAUUAAGAAUGUGACAGAAUUGAAGCUUUCUGAUAAUCCUGCCUGGGAAGGGGAUAAAGGAAACACAAAAGGUGACAAGCACGAUGACCUCCAGCGGGCACGUUUCAUCUGUCCUGUUGUGGGCUUGGAGAUGAAUGGCCGUCACAGGUUUUGCUUCCUUCGAUGCUGUGGUUGUGUGUUUUCUGAACGAGCCUUGAAAGAGAUAAAAGCAGAAGUUUGUCACACAUGUGGGACCGCCUUCCAGGAGGAUGAUGUCAUCGUGCUCAACGGCACCAAGGAGGACGUGGACAUGCUGAAGGCCAGGAUGGAGGAGAGACGGCUGCGGGUGAAGCUGGGGAAGAAGACGAAGAAAUCCAAGGUGGCAGAGCCCAUUUCAAGACCAGAUGGCAAUGAAGAAACCCCGGGGCCGUCAAAAGUUAAGGCAGGGAAGCCUGAAGAGACUGGCCUUGAUUCUAGAGAGAAGAAGGCCAGCUCAGCUCCCAAGAGCGCAGCAACAAGCGAGAGCUCUUUGGGAAAAGCCGGAAAGCCUCUGUGUGGGGCCCUGAAGAGGUCCAUCGCUGACAGUGAGGAGUCCGAGGCCUACAAGUCCCUCUUCACAACACACAGCUCCGCCAAGCGCUCCAAGGAAGAGUCGGCCCACUGGGUCACCCACACAUCCUACUGCUUCUGAAGCCCACACCCGCAGCUCCUUGCCUGGAAGGUUCUUUCCAGCAUCCAUGUAGGCAGGCUGUGCCCUCUGAUUGUACCAUGUACUGUGUGUGGCUCCAUGUCAUAAAGCUGUCCACACCAGCCUCUGAACCGUGUGGUCACUUGCUUGAGGCGUGUGAGUCCCAGCAGCCCGUGGUGGGUGGUGCAGAGUGGCUGCAUUGCCGCCCACAGCCACACUCAUGUUCGCUCCACCUGUCAGUGCACUUGGGCCUUUCCCAGCUGGGGGCUGUUGGCUGCACGGCUUAUGCUUGCAGCAGCGGGACUCCAGGCUCCUCGCAGGGGUGGGUGGCUCACCUGGACAAAACCCUGGUUUAUCGAAGUCAGCAAGUAAAGCUGAGCCUUAGAAGGAUGACUUCCUGUGCACGCUGCCUGUGCCUGCUGGAGGCUGCUAGGGGCCUUGCCCUCUGUCACAGCCCUGCUGGGCUCGUGCUUGGGGAGGCUGCUCCUCGAUUACCUGGAACAUGACAGAGACUUAGUUGGGCCUAUAAUGAUUUGGUAUAAAAAUAAAGCUGGUCUGCCUUCCCUCA